CUUCCUUACUGUCCCCUUCUUCUCCCAGACAGACCCUGCCCUUUCCUUUUUGUCGCCCGGUCUGUGGAUUCUGUUGUAGAGGAGAAGCCCGGGACGCUGACAAUGGGAAGCUUUCUCCAGGGCCUGCAAUGCUGACACUCCAGUCCCUCUCCUUGGGAAUUCAUGUUAAGCGUCCCCCGUUGACCCUUUGAAUGUCCGUGGCCAUGGCUAAGCGUGAGACAGGCAGCACCAGCCCUGUGGUCAGGCAGAUAGACAAGCAGUUCCUGGUCUGCAGCAUCUGUCUGGACCAUUACCACAACCCCAAGGUCCUGCCCUGCCUGCACACCUUCUGUGAGAAAUGUUUACAGAACUACAUCCCUCCUCAGUCACUGACGCUGUCGUGCCCAGUAUGCAGACAGACCUCAAUCCUGCCAGAGAAGGGUGUGGCAGCCCUGCAGAACAACUUCUUCAUCACGAACCUCAUGGAGGUCUUGCAGAGGGACCCGGAGUGCAGCCGGCCUGAGGCCUGCAACGUCCUUGAGUCGGCCAGUGCAGCAACCGCCUGUCCGCCCCUCUCCUGCCCCAACCACGAGGGCAAGGUGAUGGAGUUCUACUGCGAGUCGUGUGAAACGGCCAUGUGUCUGGAGUGCACAGAGGGGGAACACAGGGAGCACGUGACCGUUCCUCUGAGGGAUGUACUGGAGCAGCACAAGUCAGCGCUCAAAAACCAGCUGGACGCCGUGCGCAACAGACUACCUCAGCUGACGGCGGCCAUUGAGCUGGUGAACGAGAUCUCCAAGCAGCUUCUGGAGCGGAAAAACGAGGCGGUGACCGAAAUCGGGAACACCUUUGACGAGCUGGAGAAGGCCCUGCACCAGCGCAAGUCUGCUCUGAUUACAGAGGUGGAAAACAUCUGCAGCACCAAGCAGAAGGUGCUUCAGGCCCAGCUGACCACUCUGCUCCAGGGCAAGGAAAACAUUCAGAGCAGCUGCAACUUUACAGAGCAGGCCCUGAGCCACGGCAGCGCCACCGAGGUGCUGCUGGUCCAGAAGCAAAUGAGCGAACGGGUCAGCGCUUUGGCCAGACACAACUUCCCGGAGCAUCCGCACGAGAACGGACACCUGGAGUGCCAGGUGGAGACCGACGGGCUGAGGCGCUCCAUCCAGAACCUGGGGGUCCUGAUCACCACGGGCGCCGUGGGCCACACCAGCGUGGCCACCGGGGAAGGUCUGCGGCACGCGCUGGUGGGCCAGCACACCACCGUCACAGUCACCACCAAGGACAAGGAGGGCGAGCUGGUGAAGAGCGGGAACGCCGCCCUACGGGCCAAGAUCAGCUCCGCCGACGGAGCGUGCACCGACGCCGAGGUGGUGGACAACAAGAACGGCACCUACGAGGUGGGCUACGUGGUGCGCUCCGAGGGGGAGUACGCCUUCUCGCUGCUGCUGUACGAGCAGCCCGUGAGGGGCAGCCCCUUCCGCCUGCGCGCCGUCAAACCGUCCGACGUCCUGCAGUCGCCGGACGAUGUGAAGCGGAGGGUGAAGUCCCCGAGCGGAGGAGGGGGCCACGUGCGGCAGAAGGCCGUGCGCCGGCCCUCCAGCAUGUACAGCACCACCAAGAAGAAGGAAAACCCCAUAGAGGAUGAGCUGAUCUACAGAGUGGGAACAAGAGGUCGAGACAAAGCCGAGUUCACUAACCUACAAGGCAUCUCCACCUCCAGCAAUGGGCGCAUUGUGGUUGCAGACAGCAACAACCAGUGCAUCCAGGUGUUCUCAAACGACGGCCAGUUCAAGAUGAGGUUCGGGGUGCGAGGUCGCUCUCCGGGGCAGCUGCAGCGCCCCACAGGGGUCACAGUGGACAUGAACGGUGACAUCAUCGUGGCCGAUUAUGACAACAGGUGGAUCAGCAUCUUCUCGUCAGAUGGCAAGUUUAAGAAUAAAAUUGGCGCUGGCCGACUGAUGGGACCCAAAGGCGUGGCGGUGGACAAGAACGGCCACAUCAUCACCGUGGAUAACAAGGCCUGCUGCGUCUUCAUCUUCCAGUCCAACGGGAAGCUGGUGACCAAGUUUGGAGCCAGAGGGACGUCGGACAGACACUUUGCAGAAAAAAGUGAUACAAACAUUGCACUGGAACAAAAGCUUAGUAAAUCUGGCCCUGCUUUCAGUCCUCACUUUGUGGCUGUAAAUAACAAAAAUGAAAUUGUGGUUACAGAUUUCCAUAACCACUCAGUCAAGGUGUACAACGCUGACGGGGAGUUCCUGUUUAAAUUUGGCUCCCAUGGAGAAGGGAACGGUCAGUUCAACGCUCCCACGGGCGUCGCCGUGGAUACCAACGGAAACAUCAUUGUUGCUGACUGGGGCAACAGUCGGAUCCAGGUGUUCGAUAGCUCGGGAUCCUUCCUGUCCUACAUCAACACGACAGCGGACCCCCUUUACGGCCCCCAGGGCUUGGCCCUCACGUCUGAUGGUCAUGUGGUGGUUGCAGACUCUGGAAACCACUGCUUCAAGGUGUACCGCUACCUGCAGUAGGAGACCUGAGACGGCUACAGUAUCUUCACCACAAGAACCGACAAUGACACGACAAAUGGAUUCCACAGGGUGCAAUGAUUCCCGAUACAGCCGUUGGGUUUCCCACAUGUAAUUACGUGUCUGAACCUAAGUUUACUCUUUUUAUGAUGUUCAAUGAAGGCUGUUUUUAAAGUGACGGUGUAGCGAUGGCCAUAAGGCUGUGGAGAAUGUGCAAAGGCAUUUUUGUGUACAUGACUGAUGGUUUUGGUGCAGCACACUUUCUGUGAGACCGGAUAGGGUAGGAAUUAUUUAACGAGCCAUAACUUGUCCAAGUGCAUGCCGUUUAGUUUAUCUUGAGUCCUAGACGACCGUAUACCCAUCAGCAGCUUCUCCCGUUAACUAGUUGCUUGCAAUGAAAUGAACAGUGCUACGCUUCUCUGGCAAUGAAAUGUAAAACUUCUCCUUUAUUGACAUCUCACGAACGUCACCACCAUCUGUGCAUUGAUUUGCUGUAUGUACUGUACAUACAUGAAUGUACAUUGUGUAUAUUAGCUCACUGCGUGUGUGUGUGUGUGUGUGUGUGUGUGUGUGUGUGUGUGUGUGUGUGUGUGUGUGUGUGUGUGUGUGUGUGUGUGUGUGUGUAAUAUGACUUUCAAACACGUGGCCUGUUGGCUCUUCCAGGACCAGAGGUCAAGGGGUCAAGGAUUUUAAACAUGUGUGAAUGGCAGCUGUAAGAAAGUGUGCUUUUCAUACAUACAUACCCAGCACAGGCUUUGAAAUGAAGAGUUUCAUAUUUAUUUCCAUUUUUCCUAAUAUCUGUCAUUUUAAAGGGAAAAAAAACCCUUAAAGCUUAUUUAUUUUAUUUUUUACAAUAGCUCAGUAUUUACGAAUUAUUUUUGUAAAUUGAUGUCCGUUCUUUUCUUUUGAGCUCCACACUCCUUCAGAGAAACCUUUAAGCUAAAGCAGGAUUCAGUUCCUUCCACGCGGGGAAAGUUUAGAUUGGUGCUUUUGCACAUGAUCAGCUGUUUUCCAAAGCUACAAAAGUCACAUUUGUUUUUUCUAGGUUUUUAGAAUCCGUGGUGAAGAUUUAUUUGUCAGGUGCAAGCAGUGACAAACACAUAGAAACUACAAUAACACAUAUCUCAGGUAAUCUAGACCCACAAGGAAGACAAACGACUUCAAAAAAUACAUUUUAAGGUAUCAGACGAAUGAGGUAUAAGACGACUUAUGGCAGCUUUGUGGAAGAAGGUGAUAAGAAUAAUUGGGACAGAUAACGACGUGUUUCUCCUGUAUUUGGUUUCACAUAAUUAUCAAAGUACUCUUUAUUAAAUGACAUUCGCCAGCAAACACGUCCAUAUUCUAGAAUACUCUUGCUUGUUGUAAGCUAUCCCAGUUAGAUCCAAGGAAAGACUUGUACCAGUAGAGCUUUUGCUGAUCUCGCUCCCCCUUGUGUUCAUUCCUUGUAUUAUCAUAGGAAGGUCUGGCGCCAAAGCAGGAGAGAGACCAGGUGCAGAAAGCAGCUUCCCGGUCUAAUAAAAUGAGCUAAAUAUCCAGACACCAACAUUUGCCCUGCACCGUGUAGAUAUGCACGUAUUUAUACCAGGAAGCUGCUGCAUCUGAUCUGUUGCCAAAAACGAGCCCAGACGUCUAUGAGGAGUCAAAGACCCAUCUCUCUGAGAUGCGUCGCAAGGAUUUUACUCAAAGCUGUAACUUUGUUUUCUCUAUGAAUAUGCACUGGUAAUAAAAGCACAUGGUUUACUCAA